CUCAGUCUCUCGUCGAACCGCUACCAGAGCGAGUGCCUGACACGUCGAAGAUCACACGUAUCUCUGUCCACCAGUACUGUUGAAAUCGGAUGUGUAUCUACUUUGUGCUCUAGUGUAUACCAUGGUGAUAGUGUUCUAUUUCAAUAGUUGGAAAAAUCUGUGACAAUUUUCAAGAGAAACGAAGACAGCCGAUCUCUCGCGCUCCGAACUUCGUCCGGCGGCGAGAUGUCGGUGAUGCAGAAACGGCAGCAUUGCUACCUCUGCGACUUGCCCCGCAUGCCGUGGGCAAUGUUGCAUGAAUUUUCAGAGGCAGUCUGUCGUGGUUGUGUUAAUUAUGAGGGAGCGGACCGGAUCGAAGUCGUCCUCGAUACAGCCAGACAACUGAAAAGAGCCCACGGCUUCCAAGAAGGAAGAGGGCCGACACAUGCUAAGACUGCACAUAGGGCACCACUGGAAGCUCACCAAAACGGAGCUGAACCGACACCUAGAGGACAACCUGCACCUCCGGCUCAUCAUGCGCCUGCAACUGGUUUCACUUUACAUCAUGCUCGGCCAACAGCAAACGCCGGUCUUUUAGCAGAGUACGGAAGUCGUCGUGAAGAACAUGAAACCAGGCGGCUGACACAUUUGCCCGCUCAUCACUUAUCUGCUCACAGUGGAGCAAGGAUCGCUCCAGGAUUGACGCUGAAACGACCCUUGGAUGACGAUGACCACCAGAACCACCAUGAGCCCGCGAAAAGGUUGCUGGAAGAACAUCCCCGGCCACCUCUCACUCGCGGGGACUCACUCCCAGCUGUCUCCCUGGCGGCUCCUUUUGCUCCAGAUCGGGUUUUCAAGCAAGAAAAACAUCCACUCCGCACACCAUCUUUUGACGCGUCUUCCUUCAAAUCCAGUGCUUACGGAAGCAGUACACCUCUAAGUAAUGGAUCAGCCGGAUCGCCACUAGGCCGCGCAGCCGGCUCUCCCCCGGUCACCGGGGCUGGGGCUGGACCAUCACCUAUGGCGGCGCUCAUGUCGGUCGCCGAUACUAUUCCUCCAGGAUCACCUCGGUCGGCAGGAGGAUCCCCACCCCAACCGCCGCAACAGCGAUCAGCCAGUCGCUCAAGUCAACACUCGCCCAAUUCCUCAGGGUCUAAUGGCGGGCGGCGGUCGUCGGGCUCCCGGCACGUGUCGUCCACUACGUCGGUGUCUUCUUCGGAGGCCGUCGAGGGCACUGACGCAACAGCGCCGGCUCCAGCGCCGCUGCUGAAGUGCACGCUUUGCCAGGAGCGACUGGAAGACACACACUUCGUCCAGUGCCCGAGUCAACCGCACCACAAAUUCUGCUUCCCAUGCUCCCGGGAUUCAAUCAAGAGACAGCAAGGAUCAGAGGUAUACUGUCCAAGCGGGGAUAAAUGUCCACUGGCUAACUCAACGGUGCCAUGGGCGUUCAUGCAGGGUGAGAUCGCAACGAUCCUCGGGGAGGAGUUCAAGCCGAAGAAGGAGCGGGAAACCUAGGGAAGCGGGCCGCCAGCUCGACUCUACCUCUUGUCCCUCUCGUUGUGAGCGAAUGCCACAGAGAGCGCGGUGCGCACGAAGGCCGCGGGCCCCUGGGCUUGGUCUCCGCGGCGGGCGGCCGUACCUGGUCUGCCAACUCGUACCGAUCACUUGUAUAUAACUUUGUAAAUAGUCAACUUAAGUUUAGGCGCCUAGGGCUGUCGAAUGUUCUGAAGACGCCAGGGAGUGUCGCAAGGAUGAGACCUGUUUAGAGUGUCGGAUCCCUCGUGGACCGAUUUUGUACGGACUUUUUGAUUCGACUUUCUGAAUGGAGUACAUAUCCUUUUUUGGAAGUAUUUCGAUUAUUUUUAUCUGGACGUUCAUGCAUCGUGCACGGCUCGUCUGUUUGGACUGACGUCCGGUUUUAUAGAUACUUUUCGAGGAUGUUACGCUGCUCUAUAAGCGGAAUUUCUUCGGAUGCCAUUUUCUUAGUUACCUUUAGGUCCCGAACCAUAGUGAACUUGGCAUUUAUUUAUGUGAUUCUUGUAUACUAUACGAGUAUUAUAUGAUCAUGACAUGAUAUAAUAUUGUAGUGGAACGUACUGAUUGUAAAACAUAGUUCGAAUAUCGGAAGCGCAGUGCUCCCCGUACUUGUACAGACUUUAGCUCGAUGUAUAUUUGUAUUUAUGACAUACAACGCAUGCGAAAUAGUGUUACUUUAUUAUGAAGCGAUUUGUUCAGAGUGGCUCGAGUUCCGUUAUUGUCUUGCAUUCGAUGAUGUCGUUCGGCACGUUUGUGCUAUUAUCUCUUCAAAUGUUGAUAUUCUUUCUUUUUUUAUUGGGAAUCUUUCAAAAUUCUAUUUCGGACUCGGCUCUGCAGAGUCUGUAUUUGAGUUGAUUAUUUUGUAAGGAUAAGUUAUGCGUUAGCUCCGAAGAGUGGAGUCGCCCGCGUUUCGCGACGCUCGCGCAAACUCAGAGCGGCGCGAACCGCGGGCGCCGGCGCCGGUAGGCUGCAGUAUUAGCGAAAUCGCAGGGGGGCGCAACUAGUCAUUUUAUGAAAUGUCAAAUUGUCAGAACCGCGAAACGCGGCCAUUAUAGGAACUCUUAAAACUCGCUGCUAUAUUUGUAUAAAGUGAAGUAAUUAUCAUUAUAUAAUUGUCCUAAUAAAUGUCAUAAUGUAAACAGAUUGUAGUGCGCGUCAAUUUGGAAAGCUAUCAGGAGACCUUUGCGUUGUACUGGCUUCCUUUUCGCUUCAGUUCGUGGGUUCCUCGCCAGGAACCGUAUAAUUAGGCUCAGUGGAAGGUAGUCGUGGUAGUCUUUCGCUUCGUGCAUAUGCUCUUGUUUGUUGUGGCAUAACAUUAACAUAAUUGGACUUUUCUUUGUUACGCUCUUUAUCUGUAAGUUGAGACGGUAUGUCUUUAAACAGUGCAUAUUAGUACAUUCAAUUAAAUUGACAUGUCCAAUAUUUAUUUUACAUAUUUGUGUACAUAUACGUACGUUGUAUAUACUUUGUCUACUUGUAAAUAUUUAGAUAGCGUGGAACAGCCAACUUUUGAUUAGAUCUUCAUCCAGUAUUAGUGAGGUCUGCCGGCGUUAGCUAGUUUACAUACCUUUUAAAUUUCAUUUUUAAUUUUGCUCAUACUAUUGAUGUAAUCCGUGUAACAGUUAACUAAACAUUUCUAAGAUUAACAAUACCUUUAACGAUAGUAAUGGAAUUUAUUCAACUCAUGGGUGCUGUUGUCCCAUUGAUUUUAUAUAUACAAAAUAUAUAUUUAUUAUUUUACCUGCGACAUGCAGGAUUGAUGUAAUUUGUAUCGUUGUGAUAAUACUUUUAACAGAUUUUUUUAUUGUCUUAUGUGAACUGACGUUACUGAUAGAUUCGAAAUUGAUUUUUAGUAUUAUCUCGGCGACGCAACGCCGCUUCGAGGGUCGAAGUCAACAAUUGUACUAUUGUAAGCACAAAGUGUGCAUUUUACUUUUGUGCUGCGUGUGUGUUGAAUGUGUUCCGUUCGUCUGCCAUUGCUGUAGUGUUCGGCUCUCGAUCAUUUCGUUUGAAGGCGGGAGUCAGCAUCGAAGGCGAGACACUGUCGCAAUUGCGUGACUAAGAUUCAGUGGGUUCCGCAAGGCUCUCCUUUUGGCCCACUUUUAUUUAUAUCGAUAAUUACGCAUUAUUAUUUCCGAUACACAUUCAACACACUGCAUGUUUUACUCCGCCUCUACCCAUAGCCUUCAUUGUAGUCAAGUCGAUUUACUCAAUACAAAAAAAGAACUUAUUAUUUGUGACUUGUACUUGUAAGCAGCAUUGAAAUGCUUCGUUUAAGACGUUAAUGUACAUGUUGGUGAAAUACAAUUGAUGUGAUUUUGUAA